AUGGCCACGCCGCUUCCUCCCAGCUCUGCGGGACCUUCCGUAACACGGUCAAGCUCAUCCUCGACCCCAACCAGCUCAACCUUGGGCGGUGAUCGUCCUUCCACCUCCACCUCGCCACCGGAUGCCUCCUCCCUGCUCUCGCCUCACUUCUCACCGCUGAUUCACACCUUCACCACCCCCGAGCUGACCGAGAUCCUACACCGAUCGCGCUUCAACUCGCUAUCCCACCUCCUGUCCACGUUCGAGAGCAACAUCGACAAGGUCCAGGUACGCUCGACCAACUAUGAAGCUCGACUGUUGCCCAAGUUUGGGGUCAAGCUCGUCGAACGCGCGCUGCCACCCGCGUUCGCGAGCACGACCAACCAGGGGGCCACAUCUUCACUGGGAUCGGGUGUAGUAGCACCGCCACCACCUCCAGGACCAGGACUAGUACCAUCGCGAACAACAUGGGGCAACACCCCCACCCUGCCCACCACCCCCUUCCUAUGGCCGACCCAAGCCGAACGCGACGAGCUCUUUCUCGACUCGCUCUCGUCGCUCAUUACCGGUCGCCUGCAAUCGCACUGGACCUCCCACCUCGACGCCGAGAUGCCUGUACAACGGCCGACACGACCGAGGCGCAGGAUACCGACCGACGAAGAAAUUGCGCAAGACCCGAGUCUGGCCGAUCACCCGCCAGACGGCCACGACCAGCCUUGGGACCGUAACGGGCUAGAUAGCCUCACACCGUGGUACACGACCAUGCGUGACGAGGUUUUCAAGCGAAGGGAGAUGUCCGAACAGGACUCUUUCAACUCGCCCAUAGCCUGUGAGGACGUGUUACCCUACCCGCAUGAGUACUGCCCGACUCGGCUGAACCCCUGUUUUCCCUCUCCAGGCCUCCUCGCGCUCUCAUCAUCCCACCCGGACCCGCUCAACGCCCUUUCGGCUUUGUGGGACCUCACCUCCAAGUCAAACCUCUUCUCACCCCGCGCAUACCCUCCCCGGUCAGGUGUCGAGGAGGACUCGCGCCAUGAAUGGGCCAACCCAGACGUGCUGCGCUACAUCGUGCUCGUCCAUGAUCAUGGCGCAGGCGGUGGCAGGGAUGCUUUAGAAGAGUCGGUAGCAAUACUGUGAUCUUACUUCUCCUCGACGAUCAUGCUGAUGCCGCAUGUACCUCACUCCACAGUGCCAAGGACUUGCAUGAACAGAUCCGCAAGACCUACGGUCACCACACCGCCUUGCUCCCCAUCUUCACCGCCGCUCCAACCGCAGCCAAACCUGAAGCGAGGGCACGAGGCAUCGUCAGUCUGUGGGACGAAGCUGUGCUCUCACAACCGGGGACCGGCGCACCUGCACACUCGCAAGCUGCUGCAAUCGUAGGCUUGGGCGUCGAUCAGGAGAGGGCGUACGAGGUCGACAGCACUGCUCCUUCCGAUGAUCCGUCCGCAUGGGCGCAACCUGCUUCCCCUCUGAUCGAAAUCGGUCACGAACUCUCCGAUCUCGACUUCAACGCAAUCAAAGUAUUCCUGCGCGAAAUGGUCGUUCAAUCGAUCGUGCCUUGGAUCGAACGCUCCGUCGUCGUCGGAUACGAGCAAUACCAAGCGAGCAAGAAAUCGAUCGGGGGCAGGUUAUUCAGUGCGGGAAGGAAGUACUUUGGGGGAGGUGGGACGAGCGGGUCCGCGGGCAAGGCGACGACGAAUGCGGCAGGGCAGGCUAUUGGGUAUAACGCGGCCAAGGGCUAGUGAGUUGAGACACUUGGGGGCGUACACCUGUUAUUUAGAAGCUGACGCCGACAAUACUCAUAGCUACCCUUUCAUCUCGCAAGAAGCCCAGUCUCGACGCCUCGCGGACCUCUUGUUCAUUUUACACGACUUCAAGUUGGCUUCGACGAUCUACGAGUCCCUCCUCAAGGAUUAUCGAGCCGAUCGAGCUUCACGCCACUACGCUUCCGCUUGUCGGAUGAUGGGUCUCUGUCUUCUCUUGUCCCACCCUACGGGCCAAGCCUUGACGUUCAACCCGGAUCAAUACCUCGAAAUGGCCGGUGCUUCCUCCUCCACGACCGUCGAUCUGGACGGUCUGAAAGCCAUGAUGUUUUACUACGAAGUAUACCUCGCCAUACCUGACUUACGACCCGCUCCUACAGGGCUCGUUCGAACAGCCGGAGAAGCGGAGGAGAUCACCUCAGCCGUGUUAUUGGAACAAGCUGCGUUGGCGGAUUUGAGAUUACCGCGUGCACAUGGUGGGAUGGCGGGAAGGAACAGGAAGUUUGGGUUCCAUAUGAUCAUGGCUGCUAAGAGGUAUGAGAAAUGUGGAGUCAAGAGUUUGAGUCGGAGGUGUUUGAACAUGACCCGGGGCAUCUACAGGGGGGUUGGGGAAGGGGAGGUGAAUGCGGAUUGGUGGAGGGAUGAUGUGAGGUACGAGACGUUCCAUGAUGCUUUGGGCGUGGAGGGCAAGAGUGGACGAGGGGGUUGGGACGCCGUGACGAAUCAUCUGGAGCAUACACUCGCUCGACAGGCGUAUAGCGUCGGCAAACCGAUCGAAGCGGUGGGGCAUUUCUUGGAACUCAUCAAAGGGCAGAAUGACGAUGAGGAUGGGGAGGAGUGGUUGGACGAUUUUGCUUUGGCUUGGGAACGGUUGAGUGAACAGGAUCGGGUGGAGGGGCAGUGGAUCUCGCCGAAGAGGAUGUGGAAGGUUUUGGGGGUUUGGACGGGGACUGUGGGAGAGGGAGGGAGUGGGGAGGAUGAAGAGGGAUGGGCGACGCUAGAGAAGGAGGUGGGUGCGACGGAGAGUGGAACCAAGGCGCGGUCGAAGAACGAUGCUGGGUUCGGAGGUGAGUUACGUGCUCUCUAUCGUUUACAGGGAGAGUGCUGACCAUUCAUUAUCUGACUGCUGGCAGAAACGUUCUACCUCGAGCUUCUCGUCACGAACCCUCUCAACGCCUCACUCGCAGUCGGUGGCGUCCAGAUCAGCUCCGACUCCUCAUCAAUCGAGAUGGAAGCACCUCAAGAGAUCGAACUCAGUCCGCGCGAGACGAAGCGAAUCUACGUGCCGAUGCGGGCUCAUCAGCUUGGACCAAUCACCUUCACGCACAUCUCGUAUCGCUUCAUCGACCUUCUUCCCUGCGUCGAGGAAUUGCAAGGUCGAAGGAAACGUCUCAAUGCGACUCCCGAACAGCAGAAGGGGAUCGUGUAUACUGACGAUCGAUCGAUGCUCACCGUCGAGAUCCGAGCCCCGGUUCCUUCCUUGUCCAUCGACCUCAAAUUCCUUCCGCAAACCAUGUACGCUGGUGAACUCAAAGCGACUUCGGUUCGAGUCACCAACAUUGGUCACGUCGCUCUGGUCGGCUUGCAGACGAUGUGCGAUGCCCCUUCGUUCGCCAGGUUCGUAUCCUUGCUUGAGGCCGACAACGUCUAUGCUACGGUCGCGCAAGCGAAGGAAGCACCGACGACGACGAAGAUUGAGAAUCGACUGCGGCCCAACGCCACUGUGAGCAUUCCGCUCGGGGAGGGGCAAAAACUGGGUCCGGGCGAGUCGGUCGAUGUGCCGCUCGUGCUUAGGGGCGAUGCUUCUGGCGUGCGAGUCCUGAAAUGGGUGUUUGCGUUCAAGGGCGAGGUGAGCCCAGCAACCUCGAUAGAUCCGGUGCGUGUACUCACGAGGCGCUCAGUUGCUCACAGGACUCCUCUCAAGUCCUUACUUCACGAGCAACGCAUCGACUCGAGGUCCUACCUUCGAUCGAGAUCCGACCUUUGGUACAACCGAGCUCGUCGCCCUCAGUCCCGUUCUUGCUCUCGUUCGAAGUGCACAACCAGCACAUUCCUGGCGAUCUCGUCAUCUCGCAGAUCGCUUCGCUCAGUCCGAGAUGGGCCGUGUCGAUGUUGCCCAACGUUGCGUUCGACAAUCAGUUUGGUCCUGUCAGUUGGCAACAAUCGAUGAGCGUCGUGCUUGCGGUUCAUCCUGUCAAAAUCGAUCCAAAGGCAGAGGCAAAGGAGGACGGUCACGCCUUCGCGGUCAAGCAACUCAACCUCCUCUUGCAGGGUCGUGAUGUCGACAAGGCCUCCCCCGGUGAUGUGACGCUGCAUCACGCCUCGGUCUUCGCAUCCUCUUUGUCAUCGUCCACGAUCAACACGACAUCCUCUUCACUCCUCCCCUCGCUCCUUCGUACGCACACCGUCCUGCGACACGAUUCACUUUCCACUCAGUUCCGCACCAUCGAUCGAGCACUACAUCCCCACCUCUUCCCACUCUUCAACCCGCGAUCACUCGACCUCGUCAUAUUUUGGUCUUCCCCUUCGUUGGACCUUCAGGGGCAUCACCACCUCGCCGAUAUUCCCUUUGGCGCCGGAUCCAACGUCCUCAAAUCGGUAUUGGAGACGGCCGAGCUCAAGGCGGGUGGAUUGUACGCUGAGAGUCAGAGGGAGAGGACGGCAUUGUUGGGCGCAUUGAGGAGGAGCGAGAUGGGUGUGCAGGAGAAUGCGGUGUCGGUGAUGCUUCAAGUCGAUGAGAACCUCGUGCAUGACUUUGGGAAAGGGUGAGCUCACGGACGCUGACAUCUUGCGCUUUGACCGAACGUCUGAAAUGCUGAUGUUUGGUUUCGCGAUACAGCCCUUGCACUGUUCCCGUAACGUACCAGAUUCGGAACCUCUCCCCCUCCCAAGCCUUCGAUUACACCCUCAUCUUGGCCCCUUCCGAAACGCGUUCGACGACGUCGCUCGUCUACUCCGGAUCCCUUACGCAUCGAGGCUUGGUCCCACCCUUGGGUCUAGGCACAGUUGCAACGCAACUCUGGAUCAUGCGCCAAGGCAUCUUCGACGUCGGUGGAUGGACCAUCUCCGUCAAGAGUGCCGCCGGGGACGAAAGGACGCUAGUGGGUCCGAGGAGGGAUUUGAGGGUUCGGGAUGAGGAGAGUUGA